AUGAAGGCACACAUUUUUUUACUCAGCUCUGCAAAGACUACAACUGCUCACAACUCAUAAAAGACAUUUCACGGGACUUUUUCUCGUUGAUUUCUCUUCUUCUUGGGAUAGGCAAUCGGCUCCUUAAUCAAGGGCGUGACUCCACUCUCCAGGAGAGGAUGAGGCCUGGAGGGUCAACCUGGGUCCCUGUGUUUGGAGCAGUGACAGUGGUCCUGUACAACCUGUUCAAGUCCUUCUGCCAGAUGAAGACCAUUGAGACUGUUGACGUGUUUGCCGGGAUUGCCAACUUCUUUGUUGUGGGCAUCGGCGGCAUGUUGAUCGGCAUCUUCCUGGGAUUCAUAGCGGCAUUUACCACGCGGUUCACACACAACAUACGGGUGAUCGAGCCACUCUUUGUCUUCCUGUACAGCUACUUGUCCUAUAUCACAGCCGAAAUGUUUCACCUCUCAGGCAUCAUGGCAAAUGAAAAUAUGCAGCGGCCAGAUUCAUACAGAAGCGAUCUGGUGCCAAAUGGAGACUGUGGGGUCUCAUGUGAAACGUGGUCAUCAGCUGUGGGGGUGACUGCCAGGGGCCACGAAUUUCUGCGUGUGGUGCCCAUUCCGGGGUGUCCAUGCAGGCUGUGCACUACCCCAAGGUGCCAUCACCCCAACGCGCUUGUUCUGGGGUGGCAGAUUACUCUCUUAGUAGCAGAAAACCUUCCUUCUGGUGGGAGAUUUUACUUUAACUAAUAGCUUAAUGCCAUUCACAGUA